AUGUUAAAUAAUCCAAAAGUUUUAGCACUGAAUGACGCAAUUGCAUUUUAUGUCAAAAUGCUUUUUGUAUCACAGGGUGGAUGUGUCCCGGCAAGUCUUUUGGCCGGCAGAUUACGGCGUUAUGGAUAG